AUGUUAUUUAUAAAAAAUCAAACCAAUCGACAAACUUUAUUUGGUGGUUUUUAUUUUUUAUAUUUUCUCUUUAUAUUACAUAUAUGUACAGCAUUUUUAACGAUAAUCAGUGGACUUAAUAAUGACUUAAGGGAUAAUGAAGCAAUUAUUCAAUUAUCAAUGGAUUCCAUUCAUGUUGUUGAUUCCUCAGAUCAUCAAAUUGCUAAUAUUGAAGAAAAUAUAAAUGAUAAUGAAGAAAAAGAACUUCUUAUGGCUCUAGUAACAUCUUACGAUGAUGAAUUAAAAACAAAUAAAAAAGUUGAUAAUGAAAUACCUAUAGUACAUACUUCAACAUCAAUUCGUUUUAUUCCUUCUUUAUUAAAUUUUUCUGAACAAUCAAUAGCUAUACCUCAAAUGCAAACAAUUAUUAUAAUUAAUGAUGAUUCUCAACCACUUGAACUUUAUUCAUUAGUAGGAACAACCAAUCAAUUUUAUUCAUCAGUUUUUAAACAAAAUGUUCUUCCACCUUAUGGUGGUAAAACAUCAAUAAACGUUUAUUAUUUACCAAGAACAAUUGGUAUUACAAAUAGUAUAUUUACAAUAAAAACGAAUCGGGGGAAUUUUUAUUAUAAUGUCAGUGGUAUUGGUAAACCAAAUCCAUUUCGUUUACGUCCAUUAGUUAAUGGAAUAAUACCAUUGAAUUCUACAUAUGAAUAUACAAUUCAAUUUUAUAAUCCAUAUAAUUAUUCAUUAGACAUAAAUGAAAUUUAUACGAGUGAUGAAAAUUUAAUUAUUGAAUUUUUAUCAAAUAGAAAUAUCAAGAACAGAAUAACAAAAACAUUUGAACAUUAUGAACAAUGGCAUUUAAAACCUUAUGAAAUGAAACCGAUUAUUAAAAUAAAUUAUUUUGCAUAUAAAUUAAAUAAAUUACAUGGUUAUGUUUGUAUUAAAACAAAUUUUAGUGAUAUUAUUAUUAUACCGGUGGACAUAAAUGUUUUAAAUCGUUCAGGUCUUUAUUCAAAUGUUGAUUUAUUAGAAUUUACUGAUCAUAGAUUUAUACUUUCAUCAACGCAACCAAUAACAAUACCACUUUAUGUAUUCAAUAAUGGUUUAAAUCCGAUUAUGAUCACUGAUGUUCGUGUGACAUCGGAACAUAGAAAUUAUAUAACUGUUCAUUUUAAAAGUCUUCCAAUUCCUUCUGAUAUUCAUCGUUUGAAUCAAAUAGCUGAUGUAACUAUUCAUCCAAAUUUGAUAUCCAAUUAUAUUCAUCAUAUAUAUGGUUAUGUUCAAGUAUACACAUCAUCGAAUAACGAAGAACCUGCAUUAGAAAUACCUUUUCAUGAAACAAUUUUACAUGGAUCACUUCAUUAUAAAAAAGAAGACACUUUUUUUUAUAUUCCAUCAUCAGAUCGUAAAUUAAUCAACGAUAAUAUAAAACAAUCUCAAUCUAUUAAACUUCUUAAUCAGUAUAAUAUACCAAUCUCUGUAUAUAAUAUAACAGUGAAUAAAUUAGAACUACUUUCACAAUAUGUUAAAAUUGAAUAUCGUUCAUCUUUUUUUUACUUAAAUCCUGAACAAUGGAGUGAAUUAUUAUGUAUAACUCAUCUUAAACAAUCACUAUCAUCUCUACCUUUUACUAAUAUCCAAGCAGAAAUUGAUCUUCAUACAAAUAUUUCAAAUUUUAUUAUUCCUAUUUAUUUAUACAAUGGAUUUCUCGGCGUUAAUCUCUUAACUGACCAUACCAAUGGUGGCAUUAGACAUGAUGAAAGAAAUCCAUUUGAACUUCUUAUAACAAGUAUACCAAUGAAUACGUUUCGAACAGUGACAUUUAUAUUAACAAAUCCAAAUCCAAUUGAUAUUGAAAUUAAAAGGUUUUAUUCUACUUUACCAAAUAUUGAUAUUCAACUUGAUUAUAUGAAAUUAUUAUAUGGAAAUACAACAAAAAUAAUUGGUAAAAAUUUCUAUAAAAAUAAUAAUAUUUCUCAACUUGUUAUUCCUGAACAACAUCAAGCAAUUUUUUUAUUAACAAUUAAUGGAACAAAUCCACCGAAAUUUUAUAGUGAAUCAAUUAUGUUUGAAACACAUUAUCAAACUCUUAAAUUAGAUGUGAAAUAUGAAAUAAUUAAUGGUUCACUUGAAUUUAUUAGUAAAAAACCAAUACAUAUUGAUGUAUUUCCGAAUCGUAUCGGAACAGCGGAUAUAUUUCUACAAAAUAAAUUUGAUGAACCAAUCAAUGUUACUCGUAUAGACUUUAUAACAUAUGGAAUUUGUUUUUCAUUUAUUUGGAAUAAUACAUCAAUGGGUCAUGUUCAACUUCAACCAAAUAAAAUACAACAAAUUGGCAGACUGAAUUUUGAUAUGGAUCCAUUAUGCAAAAGUAUUGAUGUUCCAUCUGAAUCAACUUGUUAUUGUGGUUUAAGUCAUCAUCGAGAAUUUAAACAACGAUGGGAUGAACAUAUUUCAGCAUUGAAUACAUAUGAACUUGAUCAUAUACUUGUUACCAAAUUACGAAAUCUUUGGAAUGAAUGGGCAAUACUUCUACAACAACAACAAGUUCAAACGAAUAUAUGGAUUUAUACUGAUCGAGCUAAUAUAUCGUGGCCAGUUACAAUUGGUUUUAUUUGGCCAUCUGUUCUUGAAUAUAUGUCAUCAUCAUUAUCUCGUACACCGAUUAUUCUCGAUUUUCAUGUUGCGUCAAUUAACAUAACUAAAACACAAAAUGUUACUAUAACAAAUCCAUCUUCAGAUCUUGUUACUUAUUCAGUUGAACUUCUUAAUAGUUAUCCAAAUAAUUCGAAAUCAAUUAGCAAUGAUCAAGUUUUUACUAUCUCAACAGUAUGUCUUACAAUUAGUGUAUUAAAAUUUUUCUUCACAUUUACAAAAGAUUAUAUAGAGUUAAAUUGUACGAUUUAGAGAGAAUAUGUUUAAUUGAAAUCAUCACUGUCUUCUACUUUUCUAUUGAGAAACUUCCAAGCAUUGAUACAUUGAUAAAAUCUUUUUUUUAAUACUACAUAUCUUUUCAGGUCGACUUACUCAUCAUUUUUGAUAAGCAUUUCACUAUAAAGAAAUCUGCUAUUCUCAAAUAGAAUUUUGCAAACGUAUAUGUAACUCAGUUAAAAACGAUAAGAGAAAAUCGGACAAAUACGUUUUAAGAUUGAUAGAAAUAAGUAGGAAAAAUCUAUGAAACAUCAACUCGUAGAGACAGGCUCAAUAAUAAUUAACACUAUGUAUCUAGUUCUGUGGAACUGAAAUGAAGUUAUACUACAAUUCAUUGAGAACUGCGAGUGCGAGUUCAGGUCCAUACCUAGAUUUGAUUUCAGAUCCAGGGUGUAUUCAGCUUCGAGUUUGAGUAGAAAACAGCUAACGUCAACCUAUCCAGGAAGACACUU